AUGCCCCCCAGGAUACCGGCGCGCUUGACGGCGCAGUGCUGCCGUGCUACUCUCGAGUCCUCGAAUGUCUCGGCCUUGACCAGCGUCUUCGGCGCCCUCUCGAUCCAGUCCCGCAGCGCCUCCAUCCUCUCCGAUCUCAGGGACAACCGCGGCGCGUACCAGAAGCGCAUCCGUGUCGGUCGUGGUCCGUCUUCCGGCAAGGGCAAGACAUCUGGACGAGGUCACAAGGGUCAGAAGCAGCAUGGAAAGGUGAACGCCUGGUUCCAGGGUGGUCAGACGCCGCUGCUGUUCCAGAGAGGCCGCAUGGGAUUUGACAACAUCCGGGCCCCCGUUCUGUCAGAGGUCAACCUCGACAAGCUGCAGGACUGGAUAGACCAAGGCCGAAUCGACCCCACGCAGCCCAUCACCCCCAAGGAGCUCAUCCAGUCGAACCUGAUCGGCUCCAUCAAGGACGGCGUCAAGCUCCUCGCCCGCGGCGCCAACGCGCUGAAGCAACCCGUCGACAUCAUGGUGUCGCGCGCCUCGGCCUCCGCCAUCGACGCCGUCGAGCAGGCAGGCGGCAAGAUCGUCACGAGGUACUACACAAAACAGUCCAUCAAGAGGCUGGUGGAGGGGAAGAGUGUCAACACCGACCUGCCCCUGCCCGUCGGCGCCGAGCACGUGGAGCCGGUGCUGGAGCAGGUGCGCCAGAAGGGCUUCUUCUACCGGCUGCCCGACCCCACCAGCCGUUGGGACAUCGAGUACUACAGAGAUCCGGCGCACAGGGGCUACCUCAGCCACACGCUGAAGCCUGGCGAGUCGCCCAGUUUGUUCUUCCGCGUGCCGCCGAGCAAGCUGAUCAAGCAGAAGAAGCUGAAGGCCGAGAAGAAGGAGGACACCAAGCUUUGGGAGAAGUUGUAG